AUGUCAUGUGUCAUGAAGUAGUUGUUAAAUUCAAAAUUAUAAAUAUAAACAGAAAAUAGUUCCGGUUUUGUAUUUUUUCUAGGUGUUUUGUAUUUGUUUGAAGUCAAGACUCGAAAGGGGUAGGGUUAUUCAGAAAUCCAAUAAAAUUCCCCCCCAAAAAAAGUUGCCCUUUUCCCAGAGAAUCUGAAUCUGAAUUUAUUGAAAUUUUUAUCAUUCCAAAAACAAAAAUGACCUUUUCAGUUGAUAUUGAAAUAAUCCUGAAAGAAUAUAGCAUCUCAAAGAAAUCCAUCAUUGCUGUGGUACAUAGAUACUUGGAAAAGAUUAUAGUGAGACCCAAUAGUAUCAUAAAUGAUUUCGAAAAAGAGGAGCAUUCUAUUUUACACAAAGAUGUCAAAUCCAUAAUUGUUGGGGAUAUCCCAUAUUAUAAUAAAUCUUUCCUUGAUUUCAGUAGUUUGGAAAUAAAUUGGUUUGUGUAUAAUUUAGAUACAUAUGGGCCAGUUAUGCAAACUGAAACUGAUGGUGAUGAUGGUGAAAUGGUAAUUUGCACACAGCUGUCUCUCCCUUCCAUUUCCUUGGUGAAUCUCUGGGAGAAUUUGUAUUAUGACAACAACAUCAAACAAAAUUUGCUCAGGUAUGCCCAAACCAUGGUGGAGUUCUCCGACAAAGGGGUCGACAGUAACAUCAUCAGUUGCAACAGGGUGAUCCUGCUCCACGGGCCUCCUGGCACAGGCAAAACGUCACUUUGCAAGGCGUUGGCCCAGAAAUUGACCAUACGGAUGAGCGAGAGGUUCUCUUCUGGAAUCCUCAUCGAGAUAAACAGCCACAGUUUGUUUUCCAAGUGGUUUUCAGAGAGUGGAAAAUUGGUAAACAAAAUGUUCACCAAGAUCAAGGAAGUUAUUGAAAACACCAACAUUCUUGUAUGUGUAUUAAUUGAUGAAGUGGAAUCAUUAGCUCAUGCCAGAAAUCAAUGUUCUUCUGGAAGCGAGCCCUCUGAUUCCAUCAGAGUGGUAAACGCUCUUUUAACGCAAAUCGAUCAAAUCAAACGACAUUCCAAUGUCCUGAUUUUGGCCACCUCGAAUAUGACAGACACCAUCGAUUUGGCCUUCGUGGAUCGAGCCGAUAUCAAACAAUAUUUGGGCAAUCCAUCAGCGGCGGCCAUUUACAAAGUGUACCAUUCGUGCAUCAAUGAAUUGAUCAAAGCUCAAAUCAUCAAAGAACAAGUGGUCGAACCAAUAGAACAUCUGAAGAGCGAAGAUGACAGACAAAGUAAUGCAGUUCUAUGCCAAGAUACUAAGCAGCUUUUGGUUUUAUGUGAGAAAAGUGUCGGACUGAGUGGUAGGUCUCUGAGGAAAAUACCGUUUUUAGCGCACGCUCUGUUCUUGAAACAAUCCCUAGUGAGCUUGUCAGAGUUUUUAUCAGCCAUGGAGAAAGCUGUUGAGAAAGAACAUGCUGAAAGGCUACACUUUGUAGCUUACGAAAAAUCAUAGAAGUGGGUUUGGGAAGUUUAAGUAUUUGUGAUUGAACUACUGAGCGUACUCAUUUUAAUGUGCUAUUUAUUAUAGACUGAUUUUUAAUUGGAAAUAAUGUUAAUGUUUAUAGAAUAAUUAAAAUUAAGCAUAAUCUCAAGGAACAAAUACAUAUUAAUUCGAUUCAAAUACA